AUGACACGCACGACGACGGCGGCAAGUGGGCGAUACCAGACCGUCGGCGCCGCGGCCGACGAGAAGACGGCGAACCCAGCAUCUCAUGCGGGUGUGUUCUCCAAGGUGUUCUUUUCUUGGGCCAACGCACUCAUGACCAAGGCGAACACACCAGCUGGAAUCACCUCGGAUGACUUGUGGGCUCUCCCGCCACCGUCAUCGGCCCAACAAGCAUUCGCCAAGUUCGACCCGAGCUUUCGCCAGACACGGUCGAUUGUGACGUCGUACUUGUCGAUCUUUGGGUGGAGAUUUCUAUUCAUUGGUGUGCUGCAGGUGCUCAUUGUCGCGGGCACGUUGUACGGCCCCGUGGUGCUGCAGCUCGUUAUGGAGCUCGUGGAAUCGCGAUUCGACAUGCAUCGCGCCAUCCUAUACGUCGGAUCGCUCUUUGUCGUGAAGCUCCUUCAAGCGCUCAUCUGCACGCAUACGACGUUCCAGAGCGACGUGAUCGCGCACCGCUUCACGUCGUCGCUCCAACAACUCGUGUUUCAAAAGGUGCUUGUCCUGGACGCCAAGUCGCGCCGCGACAAAACAGACAUCGCGUCGCUCUUUACGAGCGACAUCAUGUGGAUCGUGAGCUUUUCAAACUACACCCAUCAAGUUUGGAUCAUUCCUGUGCAAUUGGGUCUCGUCCUGUACUUGCUGUACAACGUCCUCGGGUACGCCGCGUUUGUCGGUGCCGGCAUCAUUGUCGUCACGCUCGUGUUGAACAACGGUCUGGCACAUGCCCAGCGCGGCCUUUGGCGGUCGCUCAUGGUGCUCAAGGACAAGCGCAUGAAGGUUCUCGAGGCUGCAUUUAGCACGAUUGUCGACCAAAAGGUCGAGACAGUCGCGGAUCGACAGAAACUGCUCCCGGACAUUCAAGCUCACCGCGAAAAGGAACUCGGUGCGUUGUGGGGAGCGUUCAGCUUGUCUGCGGUCGUCACCGCCAUCCUGUACACGGCACCAAUCCUCGUCACGACGGCGUCGCUCGCAUUCUACACGCUCGUGCUGCACCAGCCGAUCACUGCAACCAAAGUGUUUACAUCGCUCGCGCUGUUUCGGUCCCUGCGGGCGCCGCUCAUCGGGCUGCCGCAGAUCACGGCCCAUUUCAUGCAGGCCCUUGUCGCCUUGCGUCGGCUGCGCGACUUUUUGAACUUGACGGAGAAGGACCCGAACCUGGUACUCACGCCCAACCAGCUCACUGCCGUUCAAUACGAGCAGUAUGCCACCAACAACGUUGAUAUUGCGAUCGAAGACGGCUCGUUUGGGUGGGAUGCCGACAAGCCAAUGUUUCGCGGACUCAACUUGCAAGUCAAGCGCGCGGAGGUGGUCAUUUUGCAUGGCGACGACAAAUCGGGCAAGACGUCGCUGUGCAAUGUCAUUUUGGGCGAGCUGGAAAAGUACGAAGGCAGCGUGUUCGUGGGGGGCCGCGUCGCGUACUGCUCGGAAGACCCAUGGUUGCAGCGCUUGACGAUUCGCGACAACAUUUUGUUUGGCAAGCCAUACGACCGCGCGCGGUACAACUUGGUGCUGGAAGCGUGCGGGCUGCGUGUGCUGGAAGACGGAUUUCCGUUUGGCGACCGCACCGUCGUCGACGGGACGAAAUUGUCCAGGGCCGAUCGAAUCCGAGUCGCCCUCGCUCGCGCGUGCUACAGUGACGCUGACAUUUACGUGUUGGACAUUGCAAUCGACGAAACAACGUUCCAGUCGUGUGUGUUGGGCCUGCUUCGCCACAAGACGGUCGUGUUGGUGUCGGAAGAUCCGGCCGUGAUCGAGUCGCCGUGCAUCGACAAGCGCUUCGACGUGGGGAAGAUCGUUGCUGUUGAAAACAAGGCCAAGGCCAAGUUGCACGGGCACUUGGUCGAUGCUUUGCCCAGUCGCAAGCGGUUCUGGGAAGAGGAAGCGCACAUUCUGGAACAGGACGUGCCGAGUUUGCACCCCCAGGUGUGGUGCGACAACUUGAUUUCGCCGUCGAUGCGGUCGCCGUACGGGAUGCUCCAGGAGGAGCCGCGCUUCGUGGUCGACGAGCUUCCCGUGCCAGAAUUCCUUCAAGAAGAUGGCGACGCCCGCGUGGCGACCAACGAAGCGUUCCGCGGCUACGUCCAAGCGGCGGGGUGGUCGUUUGUGGUCGUGCUUGUGCUAGUCCAGGGUCUGUGGCAGUGCGUGCAGGUCAUCAGCGACCUCUGGCUCAGCCACUGGUGCACGACGUCGAGUUUGAAAAUGUGGAGCAACAACACGAUUUACGUCAACGGAACGAUCGUGCUGGCGCGUCGCAACGCGACCGUCCACACCGACGACACGAUCGUUGUGUCGGAUGCCAUGGUGAACGCCUACUCGAAGUGGAACAUGCACGUGUAUGCGGCGCUGGCCUUCGUGUGCAUGGCCAUGGUGGUCGUGCGGACUCUUCUCACGUCGUGUGCAGGCAUCCGUGCGUCGAGGAGGCUGUUUGACGAUAUGACGACAACGCUCGUGAGUGCCCCGCUGUCGGAGCUUUCCCCCGAGUACUUUGGCCGCAUCCUGAACGUUUACAAUGCCGACAUCAACACGAUCGACACGCGGCUCCCGUUUGCAUUGGGCGGGUUCCUCGCCAACGCGUUCAUCGCGGCCUUUUGUCUCGGGGCAUGCGUUGUGUGCCUGCGGUUCUACGGCGCCGUUGUCAUGGUGUGCGUGAUCUUGUAUGUGUAUUUUGGCACGUUGUAUGCGCGGCCAGCCCAAGCGAUCGAAACCCUCGUCAAGGAGACCCGGGCGCCGCACUUGCAAUUUGUCAAAGAAGCCGCCGACGGUGCAGUCGUCAUCCGCGCGUUCGGCGCCAAGCAAGUGCGCCGCUUCCAUCGCGUGCACAAGGUGCACGUGGACAUGCACCAGGAAGCGAGCUACACGCAGCAAGUGUUUGCGCAGUGGUUUGCCUUGCGUAUGCAACUCCUCCACGCGUGCUUGAUCUUGACCAUUACGCUCGCCACCGUGCUGUCCAAGUCGUCGCUCACGCCCGGGCUGUUUGGGCUCGUUUUCAACUACGCGCUUCAAGUGCCGCCCCACGUCGAAUUUGUCUUUAGCAUUUGGUCGGGAGUCCUCACGUCGAUGGCGGGCGUCCACCGCGUCCUCGACUACGUGCACAGCCGUCGCAAGAUCGCGUACGUCUAG